UGGUCAUUUGAAUCAAUAGUUGGAGAAAAUACUUGAUGAGAUUAGCAAUCAAAUAUCCCUUUACUUAGCUCUUAUAUCUCAACUAAUUGCUGCAGCAUCACAAUCACACAAAAUCAGCUCAGCUGAUUUUCAUUUAAGAAUCAGAUGAAAACAGCCCGUAGAAAACACUGGUGAAGCUUUGUAUAUAAACUGUCUCUGUUACCGGUCAAAUUCGACUGAAGCUGCUUGAAAUGUACAUUGAAUUAUAUGUUCAAUAACUUUAGAUGGGAAACUAAUUUGACUGUUUUAAUACAUUGAAUUGACUGUCCAGACUGUUGGACGUUUGAUCGAUGUUUGAUUGAGCAGGUCUGAAAACGUCAGCAUGACGUGUGCAGCUGUUGCCUUCAAGUGCUGACGGACGGAUCGAGAUAGAGAUACAGCUGUAGUAGGGCAGCUAAAUUACAUUAUGCAUCGAAUGGUUAAAUUCUAAUAAAAAAAUGCUGAAUGCGUCUAUUUUCCAUCCAAUAUGAGGCUUGUUUUUAACUCAGGAUUUAGAAAAUGAAAGUGUGUGGUCAUGUAUAUAGGUGUACAGAGACUGUAGAGAAAGACGAGGAAGAAACGAUCAUCUGAUGACAGACAGGAAGCUACAACAGCAAGUGAACGCAGCACAGCGAAAGAGUGAAUACAUAGAAACUCGACUCGACAUCUGCCACAUCAAUGACACUGUUUUUGUGCCGUGAUUUUACUCUCACGUGAGGUAAAAGGGAUUAUGUGAGCUUGCUGCUGUUUGUUUUAGUAUGACGAAUAAAACAAAGCCAAAGUUUUGGAAAAAACUGACAACCCCCUCGCCUCAUCUGUCGUGGCACCCAGAGGAGUCUCCGUGUAGGCACAAAGAAACCGGGGAAGACAGAAGAAGGGCUUUCUUUCAAAAUGGACUUGGAUGUCUGCCCCGCUGAUCAGUCAGACUCCUGUUCUGCAACUGCUCCUGUCUUGAAGGUUGAUAUUAGCAGACAACAAAUUGUGGCAGCUCCACGAGGUUCAGAGGUGGAGGAUGUUGACUCAUACAAUCUGAUCGAGCCUCCUCCAUUGGACUGGAGGUCUGACUCCUCCAGUGAGGCGGGCUCAGCAGAUGACCUGGAUGACACCAGCUUCCCUCCCUCUGUUGACAAUCUGGACAAGGCGAGUCCGGGCGAGGCAGUAUUACUACCUUUGGGCAUGAGUGACACUGUUGCUCCACCCAACUUGAACCAGCAGGAGCUUGUGGGAAAUAUUUCAGUCCAGGAUAUUGAGGUGGAAUUGGAGGAAGCGGAUGAAGUAGUUGAGGAAAAGGUGAGGGUUGAGGACUUGGAGGUUGUUGGGGAUGAAGUAAGUGAUGUGGAGAAUAUGGUCAGUGAGCAGGAAGUGGAGGUUGUUAACAGGAGAUCAGGUGAUGAAGACCACAGCCGCAUCCACACCUUGCUUAGCCAGCUCCAACUGAUGGGGGAAGAGCCUCAUCCCAGCCGCCGGACACCACCUCACCUCGCCCAGCACUCCAGCCUGUCUGAGCGGGAAGCAUGUGCUCCCUCCCUACUAACACAGGACAGCACUGAAACCACCGGGCUGCUGUUCUCUGAAAGCCACCACAGAGACCUGAUGGGGCUGCUGCAGUUCACAGAGAUCAGCGCUACACAAAGUCCCACCUGUCCGCCCCUCAGAGGAGACAUGGAUGCCGUAGUGUCGGUUUCCUACAGCCAGGAGGAUGCUCAAAGGUUCUGGGGGCAUUAUGGGAAUGGUCAACAGCAGCGGCACCGGGAGGACUCCCUCACCUCCCUGCCUGAUGAUGAGUAUCCUGAGCCAGUGUGGAUGAAGCUGGGCGAGGAGCCUCCAGAGGAAGAGGAGGCUGCUGCAGAGAGCGAGCAGAGUGCCGAUCAUCCCUCGUAUAAAGACGUGCCUGGUCCGUGUGACCCUGAAGACUUGUUGGAUGGAGUGAUAUUUGGUGCCAAGUACUUGGGCUCAACUCAGAUCAAAUCAGAGAAGACCCCGUCUACAAAUGCCCGAAUGACGCAGGCUCAGGAGGCUGUGGACCGCAUUAAGGCUCCAGAGGGAGAGUCCCAGCCAAUGACAGAGGUGGAUCUGUUCAUCUCAACCCAACGAAUCAAAGUUCUCACUGCUGACACUCAGGAAGCCAUGAUGGAUCACGCUCUGCAGAUGAUCUCUUACAUUGCAGACAUUGGUAACAUUGUGGUCCUGAUGGCACGAAGGAAACGUAAAGGGCAGGAUGGUGACCUAGCCCCUAACUCUUCCUCUUCCUCCUCCUCCGGGCCUCAGAAGAAGUGCUUAAUGGUCUGCCACGUUUUCUCCUCUGACGACGCCCAGGUCAUAGCCCAAGCUAUCGGUCAGGCGUUCGGAGUGGCGUACCAGCAGUUUCUUCAGGCCAGCGGCAUCAAGGCCAGCGACCUGAGGCCUGGCGAGUACAGUGACUAUCUGGAAAGUCAAGAGCUCUAUAACGGAGACCUGGCCCACUUUUCUGACUCUCAGAACAUCAGAGACGUAGCCAUCACCAAGGCUCCGGGGGAGAUCUUGGGUCUGGCUGUGGUGGAGUCAGGUUGGGGAUCCAUCCUGCCCACAGUGGUGGUGGCUAACCUUCUUCAUGGGGGACCUGCUGAGCGCUGUGGCGAGCUCAGCAUCGGGGACCGCAUCAUGUCUGUAAACAGCACGAGCCUGGUGGGUCUGCCCAUCACCACAUGCCAGAACAUCAUCCGGGACUUAAAAAGCCAAAAGUAUGUGAAGCUUAGCAUCGUCCACUGCCCGCCGGUCACCAUGGCGAUUAUCAGGAGGCCAGAUCCUAAGUUUCAGCUGGGCUUCAGUGUGGAGGACGGCAUUAUCUGCAGUCUGAUGCGGGGCGGUAUAGCAGAGAGAGGAGGCAUUCGUGUUGGGCACCGCAUCAUCGAAAUCAACACGCAGAGUGUCGUCGCCACGCCACACGACAAGAUCAUCCAGAUCCUGACCAACGCCGUUGGGGAGAUACACUUGAAGACCAUGCCAGCCUCAACAUAUCGACUCCUAACAGGACAAGAGCAGCCGGUUUUUCUAUGAGCACUUCCUGCUGCAUCAAGGACAAAAUACUGCAGUGUUCAAGCAACAUGAACUUUUGCCAAACUAAGAAAAUAUUAUGCAAUUUAUCAUACAGCAUAUCACACGCUGUUGUCACACCACUGAAUACAACAAACUGUUCUUGUAUUUUUAAGAUGUAAAGUGCAUUGUUAUAUUGUAAAGCAUAUUUUAAAGCAACAGAGAUAGAUGGUAGCUUUAUGUUCAUAUUUAUCUGAUAUUUAACAAUGCAGGCAGCAGCUGAGAUGCAAUAAUUCAUAAGCAAAAUAUAUUUUGACUUCACUAACUUUUUACAUGGUGUUGAGUAUGCUGUACUUUCGAGUUUUUGGUCUUCCAGUUUGUUGCCAGUGUGCCUGAGCUAAAUGUGCUUGCAGGGGAAUUGUUAUUGAAUAAGGACAAAGAGUCUGUGUUUUUCAUUAUGAUGUACUUCUACACGUGUAUAUCAACACAUUGUCUCACACACAUUAGAGAGCUCUGGUUCAUUUAUACAAUGCUUCCCUGAAUGUGCCUGAUAUGAAGCAGAUAUCAUGCACGAUAAAAGGUAACUGCCUUAACUGCGUAUACUUUUAAGAAUUUGCUGUUUUGGAUGUUCAUUAAAAUGAUAUGUAAGAUA